AUGGUGCAGGACCACCCCCGGGCAACCGCUGACCGACCUUCUCCGACUUCAGGCCGAUUCAUCCUACUCUGCGGUGAGCACUCUCUCACUACUCGUAUCUGGAAACCUUUCUGUAAGAUGGCCGUCCAAUUAACACGGUCCAUUCAUAAGAACCGUAAACUCCAGCCUGACCGGGGAAACCUCCCCCUCAGCGAUUACUGUAUGGUAUGGGGCCGCACGAUAUUUGACGAGUUUCACAACAGUAAAGGAGAGUUUACACAGUUCAGCAAGCUGUAUGACAAAAUGCGCGAGACCAACCGUGGAUACCAAUGGAAGUCAUGGGCAUUGUCGGGUACACCUAUGGAGAACGGUCUAAGCGAGAUUCUCAUACUCAUCACGAAGGCCCUCAGAGGCAUGAACAACUGGAAUAAGAGCAUAACACCUUCCUCAAUAAAGACCAGCGAAGGCCAGUGGAAAAGAUCAGAGUACGAAGAGAUUGGGAAAAUGGUGGACUCCAGGACUGGCAAGACACGAGACCCAUGGGGAAAGCGGAUUUCGCGCCUUCCAGGUAGCUUUGAACCCAAAAUUCGGCCCUGCAGGAAUCCAAACUGGGCAAACAUUAUAUCUGAAGCAGCAAAGAGGCGUGUCAAACCCGACUCCGAGAGCCCUGCCAAAUACACCUUUACUCGCAACGACAUGGCUGGCUUUGCCUCGUACCCUGGACAAGCAAACUACAAGGCCGAGCUAAUGGCGGGCAGUGCAUACAAGCCAAUUACUCAGCUUACGACGUACUUUGCGCUGAAAAAAAGAUUUGGUGAUGGUAACGUGCUCGCGUUGUAUGGCAACAUGGAUGAGAGGACACGCAAAGACCGACUGAGGCAAUGGCGGGAUCCCCAUGGCUCCCGGAUCAUGGUCAUCUCCAUGGCCUACGCCGAAGCUGUCACACUCACCGAAGCAAAUUUCCUUGUCCUCAUGGAACCUCAAGACCGACAGGCCAAGCAAGACCAGGUCCUGUUUCGCAUAUAUCGCAUUGGGCAAUUGGCGGACGCUUGCCAUGCGUACAUUCUCUACAACCCAGACUCAGAUAUUGAGGUUAACACACUCAGACGUCAACAAUUCAAAACUCUAUCGAGGGACACACUCGUAGAGAACAGAGACGCGGAGACGGUGAUUGGGCACCAGAUUAAGUGGGAAAGUUUGGACGAGGAUGUUGUAUACAGGGUAGACGUAUUACCAUGA